GCAGAGUCCCGGGAGCCGCGAGCUGGGAGCGCCGAGCCGGGAGCCGCGACCAGCUAGCCGCGCGCGCCGGGCUGGGGCCGGGCCGGAGCGGAGGGAGAGGGAGCGCGCCCGCCCCAGCCCCCAGGCUCGCCGCCUGCGCUCCGCAGCGCGGAGCCCCAGCCAUGGAGCAGGACAACAGCCCCCGCAAGAUCCAGUUCACCGUGCCGCUGCUGGAGCCGCACCUUGACCCCGAGGCCGCCGAGCAGAUUCGGAGACGACGCCCUACACCAGCCACCCUUGUGCUUACCAGUGACCAGUCAUCUCCAGAAGUGGAUGAAGACCGGAUUCCCAAUCCACUUCUCAAGUCCACUCUGUCCAUGUCUCCACGGCAACGGAAGAAGAUGACAAGGACCACACCCACAAUGAAAGAACUCCAGACAAUGGUUGAGCAUCACCUGGGGCAACAGAAGCAAGGAGAGGAGCCCGAGGGAGCCGCUGAGAGCACAGGGACCCAGGAGUCCUGCGCACCUGGGAUCUCAGACACAGGAGCGGAGUCAAGGCCGGGCACCCGAGGGACAGCACAGAAAUCUACAGGAUCCACCCCUAAAACUCAGGAGAGGAGCAGUGAGGAGCCCAGCACAAUGGAACCCUCAACCCAUAUACCACCCCUGGACUCCCAGGGAGCCAACUCGGCCUGAGAGGAGGUGGCAUCCUGGCAUCACAACUGCAGUUUGGGGACGCAUGGACGCUGGAUCUGUUUCUUACUUCUUCACUUUUGGGGAAUAUCUCGUUUUUAAAAAGUGAUAAAUUUGGUGUUAGGUCCUUG